AAAAUAUAAGAAUAAUAAUAAUAAAACGAAUAAUCCUAAAGCUACAAAUGUAAAUGGUACAGUACCCAUUCCGUUCGCUAAGCGUCCGUCUGUCUGUCUGUGUGUGUGAGUGCUUCAGUGUGUGCUAGUGAGUGUUGCUGGAAAUAUGCAAAGAUUGGCGCAAGUUUGCGAGGCGUAAAAAUAUUCAAGUUUCAUGUGCAAAUUACUGCACGCAUUUUUAAAUAAUCAAAUGCCAGCGGAACAAGUGUACAAGUAACCGGGAGAGAGGAAGGAGGCAGGCAGUCAGGCUCCUCUCAAAGCUCUCGACACAUAACGAAACGCGAGCCACGAGGCAUCUGCUAAUAGGAUUACGCAUCACCUCCGUUCGCCAACCGACAGUUGUCCGGAUUAGCAAACACAGCCAGAGAGCAGCCUCAAGUACCCAUCUUGGUUCGAGGUAACAGAUUAAAAGACUUCGUCCUUGAGAAUGUGUUCGUGCCCUGCGUAGUCGCAUUCCAGCAGUUGACACACAGCUCCACCAUGUGGACCUACAUGAUGGCUGCCGCCCGCGGAGAUCGGGUCAACACAAUGAUGUCCACCAGAAGACGCCCCGAAACGGAGUCCCCCAAAUACGGUUACAACCUCUCCUCCCGUCCCAUGUACCGCACCACGCGCUUUGUGGGCACCGCCAGCUCAGCGCCCGCCCAGCUGCAGCUGCAGCUGCCGCAUCAGUCGCAUCAGCAGCAGCAUCAGCAGCAGCCGCUCGAGGAGAUUAGCGGCGGCUUGUUCGCUCCAUUUGCGCCAACGGCAGCGAUUUCUGUUGAGCAGGCAGCCAGCUCGAUUCCCUUGGGAGCGGAUAACGACGAGCGCCUCGAGGUGCAUCAGCUUCAUUAUCCACGCCGCAGUUGGCAAAGGAGAAGCCAUCGCCAUGGCAAUCAGAGAGCAGCAAAUGACGACGAGGAUGAUGAUGAUGAUGAUGAUGACGAUGACGAUGAUGAUGAGUUUGGCGAGGCCGAUGGCGAGGACAACGACAACGACAACCGGGAGGAGGCCAUUGCACCAGCUGACCUUCAGCAGCAUCGCCAAAAGCACCAGCAGCAACAGCAACACUCCAGCAGUGAUCCCAGCUACGUGGAAAAUGGCAGGAAACUGAUACAGGAGCCCAGCAAACGGAGCAAACCGUCGGCCUUGCGGCGCACACUACAGGCUUUGAGGCAGCGUCUGACCAAACGGAAUCGACCAAAGCCACCGGACUGGUUCCUCGAGAAGUUCUCGAAUGCCACCAACACGGACAAGCUGGCCAAGGGCUGUCCCAUGAUGGACGACGCGGCGCUCUCCAGCGAGAUACGCGGCAGCAGUGCCCUGUGCAAUCGCCUCUCCGUGGACCCCACACUGCAGUCCCAUUACAGGUGGCUGGCUGUGGUCUCGCUGGCCGUGCUCUACAACAUCAUCUUUGUGAUGGGACGCGCCGUCUUCUGGGAGAUCAAUAAGAGCGCCCCUGCGGUCUGGUAUACGCUGGAUUAUCUAUGCGAUUUCAUCUAUCUGCUGGAUAUGCUGGUACACAUGCACGAGGGAUUUCUGGACCAGGGUCUGCUCGUGCGGGAUGCGUUCCGACUGCGCAGGAACUACUUUCACACGAAGGGCUGGUACCUGGACGUGCUGUCGAUGCUGCCCACGGAUCUGGCGUACAUCUGGUGGCCACCGGAGACCUGCAGCAGCCUGUACCUGCCCUGUCCGGUGAUUGUGCGACUGAAUCGCCUGCUGCGCAUGAAUCGGCUCUUCGAGUGGUUUGACCGCACGGAGACGGCCACCGGGUAUCCGAAUGCCUUUCGCAUCUGCAAGGUGGUGCUGGCCAUUCUGGUGCUGAUCCACUGGAACGCCUGCAUGUACUUUGCCAUCAGCUACGAGAUUGGCUUCAGCUCCGACUCGUGGGUCUACAAUCUGAAUGGCACGCGGAACAACACGCUGCAGCGGCAGUACAUCUACAGCUUCUAUUGGUCCACCCUGACCCUCACGACCAUCGGAGAGACGCCCACCCCAGAGAACGAUGUGGAAUAUCUGUUUGUGGUGGCAGACUUUCUCGCUGGUGUUCUCAUCUUUGCCACCAUUGUGGGUAACAUUGGUUCCAUGAUUUCCAACAUGAAUGUCGCUCGUGUCGAGUUCCAGAACCGCAUGGAUGGCGUCAAGCAGUACAUGGCCUUUCGGCGUGUGGGCCACGAGCUGGAGGCGCGUGUCAUCCGCUGGUUCGCCUACACCUGGUCCCAGAGUGGGGCGCUGGAUGAGGAGCGAGUGCUGGCCGCGCUGCCGGACAAGCUGAAGGCGGAGAUUGCCAUCCAGGUGCACAUGGACACGCUGAAGCAGGUGCGCAUCUUCCACGACACGGAGCCGGGCCUGCUGGAGGCGCUCGUGCUCAAGCUCAAGCUGCAGGUCUUCAGCCCCGGCGACUACAUCUGCCGCAAGGGUGAUGUGGGCAAGGAGAUGUACAUCGUGAAGCGGGGCAAGCUCUCUGUCGUGGGGGACAAUGGCGUCACCGUGCUGGCCACCCUGGGCGCUGGCUCCGUCUUUGGGGAGGUGUCCGUGCUGGAGAUUGCCGGCAAUCGGACGGGCAAUCGACGCACCGCCAAUGUGCGCUCCCUGGGCUACUCGGAUCUCUUCUGCCUGGCCAAGCGGGAUCUCUGGGAGACGCUGGCCGACUACCCGGAGGCACGCUCCACCCUCACCCAACGCGGCUGUCAGCUGCUGCGCAAGGACGGCCUCCUGGACGAGCAGAUAUUUUCAGACUCUCAGCGCGUGCAUGACAGCAUAGAGGGUGGCAUCGAGAAGUUGGAGCUGUCCGUGGAGAACCUCAACAUGCGACUGGCUCGACUCCUCGCCGAGUACACGGCCAGCCAGGCCAAGAUCAAGCAGCGUCUGGCCAAGCUGGAGAUGAAUGGCCCUGGCACUUGGCGCUUGGAGAGCGAGCCACAGACACGAGCCCGCAGCGGACGCCUCUACUCGCUGCAGCCCAAGCGGCGCCCACGUUCUCGUCCCGACGCGACUGCCAAAAGUGGAGAGGCUGCCAAGCAGAAUACGCUCUAAGCUCUAAGCGGGAACCAAGCAAGACCAAACCCCUUCGGCCCCAAGAGCGCAGAUAGGAGGAGCCCGAGACCGAGUCCGAGUCCUUUUUGGCCAAGGGCCAAAAUUGUAGUUUAAAAGUCAAAAGUUUACGGGGAAGGUAAAUCAAUUUUUAAUUUUUUACAAUUAGUUUGUAGGGGAAAGGCACAUGGAAUGCGAAAGUGUAGAUAACUUUAUAAAUUUCUAGAAUUAUUCAAAACUGAAUGUGCCUCAAAGUUUGUGUGUGUGUGUGUGUGUGUUAGAAUUAAGGGAUGAAAAAGAGAGAGAGAGAGAAUACACAAAGUUAGCCCCCUUAACCAACCCUAUGUACAUAUGUUAAGUAUACAUAAAACUAGUCCAAUUUUAUAUGCAGCUAGGCUAGGAUCAUUUUUUGAAACAAAACUUGAUGGAUAGAUGCGAUAGACCAGAUACCAAAUAACGAACAAAAACCAACAACAAUUGACCAACCAGUGACAUUGCUGAACAAACUAGAGGGAGUAGUAGAAACGAGAGACGCAGGGGGUUGAUCAGUCAGAGCUGCAACCCCUAAAACACACACAGAAGAGAAACAACCCCCCAAACGACUUCAAGGAAAAAUGUUAACAAAAAAGCUUACAAAGCUACCAAAAGAAAACACAAAACGAAAGAGGAGAAGGAGAAGGAGAAAGAG